AUGGCCAGGCUGGGGCUUGAUCAGGUUACUCUUUUGAUGAUGUUCAAGGGCGCGGUUGCUCCAACCAUUGCGAUAUCGAUACUACAGUCAAAAGAAGUUGCUGAAUACUACACCACCUUAGGUUAUUUGAUAGGCAUCAUCAGUAUCCUGUCAUUAUCUAUCCUGCCACGUGGCAAGUUUCUGCAGACAUUGACGCUCAAUGUUCUCUUUGCUUGUGCUGGAGCGGCUAUAGCCCUUUUGAUUAUGUGGUCAGCCCUUCAAGCCCGACUGCAUACGGAGUCUAGGCCAUUGGAUCCCAGUACCGGACUGCCACCAUAUAAUCCGAGCCAGUCGGUUGUCUCGGCGGUUUGGCUCUUCUUCGUCAUCUGGUUCGCCAACACGAUAAGAGCAAAGUAUCCUACCAUGAACGUGCCCGUGAUUGUAUUCUCUAUAUUCACCAAUAUUUCAGCCACUUACAGCCCAAUCAUGACGAGCAAUGCUGCGUUCGAGUCACUGGUCAAACGACUGCUCACUGCCAUGCUCACAGCUUUCGGCAUUGGGUUUGCUUGCUCAUUGCUAAUCAUACCUGUACCUAGCCGUAAGGUUUCAUUCGGCCAAAUCAAAGGAAUGAUGAUGCUCUUACGCGGGGCGGUAAAACAGGAAAAGGUUUACAUGCAGAGUCUCGAACGGGAGGACAUGUUUGCGAUACUACACAAUGUCAGCUCAGCGGUUGACGGAGGAGGAUGGAACAACCAAUCAAAGAAGAGCCCAGAGCCUGUUACUGCGGCGGAGGCAACCGCCUUGAAAGCCACGAUCGCCAAUAUUCGACAAUUGGCUGGCAAAGUGCAGGCUGACUUGGCAUUUGCGAAGAGGGAUUUCUCGUGGGGCAAGCAUGGGGCUUCUGAUCUACGCGACAUAUUCCUCAACCUUCGGGCAUGCCUGAUUCCUGUUGUUGGAAUAAGUACAGUUAUCGAUAUAUUCCAGGUGGUUGCAGAGAAGCGCGAAUGGGCAACGGACGAGCAUACCCCAGCCGAGGUACUCGCAGAGAAAAUCGAAGAGAAAAGGAUGUGGAACGAAGUCAUGAAGCAACUUCAUGAGCCCUUCGAGGCUUUAUCGCAGAUCGUUGACCAAGGGCUAGAACAUGCUGGAAUACAACUCGAGAUCUUUCCCAGGCCAAAGGCUGCGAAGAAAGGUAAAAAGGACAGUGCCAAUGGAGAUAUUGAUGUUGAGGCGAAAGGAGGGCUAUCGAAACCUGGCGAUAGCGACUUCGCUAAGACAUUAGACGCCAAAGUGAAAAUUCUAAAGGAUGUGAAAGGGAAAGUGCUCAAAAUUUGGGCGAAGGAAAGAGGUUUAAUAGGUGACACGGAAGAGCCGGAGAGUAUGCGUGAAGGUUACUUUGAAGCCGAAGAUGACGUUGAUCGUCGCAGAGACCAAGGGCAGUUGUUCUUACUCUUAUAUAUUGAGAAACUCGCAAGUACCUUCUUGCACCAUAUGAACGAAACUGCAGAAGCAGUACAGAGUUUCGUGAUAUAUGCUGAUGAGAGAAUUGCUAAUGGCAGCAUGUCGAAGAACCACCUCAUCGUACCAAAGUGGAAGAAAUUGAGGAAAUGGGCCGCGGCUAUGCUCAAAGAUGAAGAUGCUUCUUCGGAAAACACUGCAGACCUCUUUGACUCAUCAAAUGUUGUGUAUGUUGGUGACGGGUUCUCUGAGAAGAAGGAUCCGGAACAUCUACCAGCCUCAAACUGGUUCGAACGCCUUGGCAAUGGGAUCAGAGCUAUGAACCGGUUUUUUGGUUCUCAGCAGUCUUUCUUUGGCAUUCGUGUUGCUUGUGCAACCAUGACUAUUGCCAUUGUCAACUUUCUCGAGCCUACUCAGGCCUUCUUCGUUAAGCAACGAUUGGUUUGGGCAAUGAUCAUCGUCUCAAUCUCUAUGACGGAAACAUCUGGUCAAUCCAUUUUUGGCUUCUUUUGUCGUAUAGCGGGAACAGCUGCGGCGAUGGUGCUCUCCUUAAUUGCCUGGUACAUCGUUGACAAGAACAUUCCUGGCAUCAUUGUAUUUUAUGCGCUAUUCAUAAUGUGCAUUCAUUACUUUUUCCUCAAAUAUCCCCAAUUCAUACCUGCUUGGAUGAUAUCUAUGGUUACUCUCACCAUGAUCAUCGGCUACCAACUGCAGGUUAUCAAGAUUGGUAUAGCUGUCGCUGAAUCGAACAGCCAGCCGUUUUAUCCCAUUUAUGAGUUCGGUCCCUACCGGCUGGCCACAGUGGCGGGCGGUGCUCUUGUCGCUUUCAUUUGGACCAUAUUCCCUUCACCUAUUACAGACAGGACCUGGCUACGCCGCGACUUAUCUGCGACCAUGUACCUGCUCGCGCACUACUUCACUGCCAUCAACGAAACUCUCAAGUCGCGCUUACACGACACCGGUGGCGACCCAAAUGUCAAGACAUCCCCAGCGCACAAACUCGCCAAAAUUCGGCGUAAACUGUUCGGAAAGCUUCUCCUGAUCUUACCCUCCCUGAGCCAGCACGCCAACUUCCAGCGCUUCGAGCCCACCAUCGGCGGCAAAUUCCCGCGGGAAACCUACCUCGACAUCAUCCAGCGGGCCACCCGCAUCACGUCCUAUCUGACAUUGAUAUCGCACUCGGUGACCUGGACCCCGCACCACGCUCAGCAGGACCGCGCCUGGAUCGAAGCGCUCUCGCUAUUGCUGACCGACGUCAGCUCGACCAAGGACACCAUUAUUUGUGCGCUUGCCUUGCUGUCCAACUCGCUCCUGAACGGGCACCCGCUGCCGCCUCAUAUCCCGGUGCCCAAGCCCUACGAGCUGACGAGACAGCUCGAGAAACUGAAGCUGCCCGGCUCGCCGGGCCAGAGGCCGAUGAAUCUGCUAGAUGCCAAGAACAUGUCCGAGAACGGCUAUGCCGAGUUCGCCGUGCUGCAGGUCUGCAGCUCGCUGGUUUGCGACGACCUCGAGGGUCUGAUCAAGAGUGUCGGCAAGCUGGUGGGGGUCGUCGACUUCAGUUUCCGGGUCGAGAGCAGUGCAGGAAGCCUCCGAUCUGGUAUGGCGACCGCGGUGAACACAGAUAGCGAUGCCGACAUCCAUGGGAGAGGCAAGGGCAAGCGGGACUAG